AUGGUCACUUCAUCAGAAUUUUCAGAACUCAGUACACUAUUGAUAAAAUUUUGGGAGCAAGAUGAAAUACCCAAAACUCGCCUUAAAUCAGAAGAAAAUGAUUUUGUUGAACAAUUUUACACUCAAACAACUACUCGAAACAAAGAUGGACGAUAUAUUGUAAGGCUACCUUUUAAAAAAGAAUAUCACGAAUCAGUCUUCUUAGGAUCAUCUAGAUUUAUCGAAUUAGCUCAAUAUGCCAGCAUGGAUAAAACUUUAGGAAAAAAUAAGGAAUUGCAAGUCGAAUAUAAAUCUGUUUUGGAUGAGUAUUUAACUCUAGACCAGAUGGAAAAUACAACAUCGAAUGAAAUCAAUUGUGAAGCAGGUCCAAUCGACGACUAACAGCGACUCGGAUCCAACAGCCCGAAUGAUAAGAGAAGUGUGGUACCAAGGGAUUAGGAGGUGUACUAUUGUGUGAUAUGCACAGCCAUCACGGGCUCAAGUUUUGCCGGAGGUUCCGGAAAAUGACGCCACAAAAAAAGAGACGUAGUUGAACGUCUUGGGUAUUGCACCAAUUGUUUGGCUAGAAGCCACAACAUAGGUUCCUGUACCUCCAUGGAAUCAUGCGUAAAAUGCAGACAACUGCACCAUACCCUAUUGCACCCAACGAGGAGAGUCAGCCCACAGUCAAGAACGACCACUAGCAGUAAUCGACGCAGUCGUAAUAACACUGAAACCCAGCUACAUCGUCAUCAUCACUAUCAACAUCGUCAUCAUCACCAUCAACAUCGUCAUCAUCACCAUCAACAUCGUCAACAUCAUCGUCAGCAACGUCAGAAAAACAACAACGUCAUCAACCUCAACAACGUCAUCAACCUCAACAACGUCAUCAACCUCAACAACGUCAUCAACCUCAACAACGUCACCAACCCCAACAACCGCCAGCUCCAGUUGCAUCUCCUGCUACCAACCCACUCCAGACCAACAUAUUUUGGCGGAAGCUAUCAAAACUCUAGAAAAUGUAUUAUACUUCCAAAGUAAAAAAGAGUAGAUACACAAGGGUCGAGGCCGGCGCCAUGUUUAAACUAAGAUUUAAACCACUAUUUAAUUAGAUUUUUUUUGUUAUAUAAAUCAAGUAAUGUAGUAUUUAUCAUAGCUGUAACAUGUGAAUAGAAUAAGAAAUAAAAAUAUUUUUCAUAUUAUUAUAAGUAGUAUUUCUUAUUAUAAAUGAUUUGAAAUGUAUAUUAUAAAUAAAAAAUAUUACAUUUCAUUCAUACAAAAUAAUUUAAUAAGCAAAUAUAUUUUUAUAUAAUAAAACAAAUUAAUAUUAAAAAUAAAAUAACUUAUAUUUUGUAUAAAAACA